CUCUUCUGUUCCUCAGAUGCUGCCUGACCUGCUGUGCAUUUCCAGCAGCACCCUUUUCGACUCCGCAAAGAAGCCAAAUUGUUUUCAACUUAAUAGGUUUAAUUUGCCCUUCUAUCCUUAACCCAGACACUUUUCUCUAUAUAAAAUAUGAAAACUUUUCUAUUCAUGAAGCAGCUUUUUAAUUCAAAUAGCGAUCCAGUUAUAAAGCAAUGUAGACUUUGGAAUUUGUGCAACUUUUGUACAAUGCACUAUUUGCUAUUUACUCAAAUAUAAAGGCCGGUUAAUAAGAUAAAUUUAAUCUAGAACAAUAUGAAAGCUGCCCUUGCUAUACAAGGGCAGCAGAGUAAGAAGUAUAGAUUUAGGAAGAACUAUAGUACGGCAGUUGGAACAGAUGGUUAAUUUAAGACCUAAUUCAAUAAUUACACACAAUCUCAAACAAUUUGCAUGGUGUGCUACAGAAGAUAACAGAAACCAAUUACACUGUCCAUAAUGGGCUUUGCUUGAAAAUACUUAGUUGGGUAUAUGGGUAUUUUUACUCGGGGUGGUUUAGUUUUUACAGAAAAAAAAGUCACUGUGACUUUAAUGGGAAGCUCACAGAAUUGAGUGUGAUAAUAUUUCUAGAUAGUUGGGGAAAAAAUAGGUUGUUGGAAAUAUUUAAGAAAUGAGUUAGCCCAGUGUACAUGAGAACCAUGUGGGAUUAUCCAACAUAACCCUGCAUCUCUUUUUCUCCAAGAUCUCAGUGCAUGAAGUCUUGGGUAGACAUGAGGCCAUACUUUAGAUCCAGAAAGUAAAAAUCAAGUGUUGUUUAAAAUAAAAAGCAAUUUAGGGACCCUGUAUACAGAGCCUGUAGUCUAAUGGGUACAAAAGUAGUUAAAAAAUAAAGGCAAUAGUGUGUUCCUCUUUAAAAUCUAAAUGGCUGAUACAUGAAGAGAGAGAGAGUUGUUGCAUAUGGAAAACCUAGGUUAGAGAUGUGUUCUCAAAAGUUCAAAGAACUGCACCUUAGGUCUCCUAUGUAACACUUUUCGUCAAAAUGUUACCAAAUCUCCAAGGGUUAAAUUGAGGUCAGAUUAUAUUUACUACGAUUGUAAUGUCUUGAUAGGAGGCAUUUAUAAAAUUAAGGGUUAUCCCCUUUAGGACAGCUGAUUUUGUUUCUUGAGGGUUACGCAAUUUUGGAACUCUGCCUCGGAAGGCAGUGGCAGAGAUGGGAAUCAUUAUUUUUAUCAGUGAGAGAGAUGGAUGGAUGAUUAUUAGGUGAGGUUAUUGUGAGUAGCUGGGACUGUGAGAAUUCAACACAACGAAUCAAAAGCAAACUUGCUGUGCAGGCUCAAGGGGUUAAAUGACCUACUCCUCCUCUAAGCCUAUAUAUCUCUUUGAAAUAUAAAGGUAAAAAGGUGAUUUCAUGAAGCAUUUAGUUUUUAGAUUUUUGUUUUCUAAUGCUGGAUUAAGUUUUAAGGGGAAUGAUAAUAAAAUCAGAGCCAAUCCAAUCUAGAGGGAAGUUGUAGGCAAUAAUUCUUCAAGAAAAGGAUGCUUAGCAUGUAAAAUUCACUCCCACACAGAAGAAAGAUUCUGUUGUUUUGCAAGACAUGACUAAAAAAAUGAUAUGGAGUCAAGAUAAAGAUGACCUGUGGUCUUACAGAACAAUAGUACAGGUGCAGGGGCCUAAAAAGACUUCCACUUGGUCCUGUGAGAACUGAGCAGACUCCAAUGUUAAGUCAGCUUUCAUUGAGGGGAGGCAAUGUGAAGAGAAAACUUGACACUCCAUCAGACAUAAACAGGACGUUUCCACUUUUGGUUAGAGCAAAACCAGGAACCAUGAGGUAAGGGUAUGAAAGCUAAUUAUAUUGUCUUGAUUUAAAAUACACCAACUUAUGACAGUCACCAAUAAAUUUAAAAAGGAAUUCAUGCAAAACUGUGGCCCAUGGUGAAGCUGUUAAAAAAUUGUAUUAAUUUUAUCUUGGGUUAUAAAUUUUGUUCCUUGCGCUUUGAAAGGCAGAGAAGAUAGAUCAAAUUAUUGAAGAAUCUUGGUCAGAUAGCAUUGAAAAAUCUUUUUCAACUGUUGAGUAGUUAAUGUCAGAAUAUAUUGCCUGAAACCAUGGGGAAGGCUGUUUCAAUUUGCACUUCUGAAAGGGAAUUACUGUUCUCCCAAAAGGAAUACUGUUCAGGAUUGUGGGAAGAAGGUGUAGGAAUAGUGCUAAGUGAAUUCAGUGAACAACCAAGACUUUGAGAGUGAUUAAAAAUUCCAAAAUAUUUUUCUACUCAUAAGCAAUACAAUUGAAAAACUGUUCUAUUAUAAUCCUUAAUAUAUUGGUAUCUUAGACAUGCAUUUCAGUGUGUGGUAUCUACUGUGUUACUGAGCCAUAGCAGUCUGGAAGUUCCUAGAUUUAAUUUCUGGUCCGCACUGAGGUAGGAGUGGGCUGUUUACUUGGUGCAUUAAGCUUGUUCUGCCAUAUAUUGAGAUCAUGGCUGACCUGCAAACUAUCCAACUUUGUGACUUUCAGUCACAAAAAUCUAUCCAUGUCAAAUUUAAACUGGUGAUUGUUUUUCAAAUGACACUUGAUAAACAAUGAUCCAAGUUUCUGCAAACUUUGCAUAUAGGAUUGUUUCUUAAUUGCAUUGCCCUAGACUAAGACUCCUCAAGUGGUAGAAAUAGGUUUUCUUCUAUCUACUCCAUUUCCCAUGAUAUCAUGAAAACUUUGAACGAACCAUGUCUUAAGUUGGUGUAUUUUAAUCGAGGCAAUACAAUUAGCCUUAUACCCCUAACACAUGGGGUAGGGGGGUUGCAUGGCAUGGAAUGCAACCAGACUUUGCACUUCUGACUGAUAUCUAGAAGAAACCAUCAUGGCCAAACAAUUUGUACAAUUCAUCAAGCUCAUUUAAAAAUUGUGCAUUUCCAUGUUUGGUGCUAAUGGGUUGAUGGCACCUGCUGAACCAUGGCCAAGUUGGAAGCAACAUCCUCAGGAUAUGGCCAAAGAAGAAAGGGAGAGAUUUUUCAGAUAGAAGAUAAAUUGAUUAGUGUUCAGACUAAUAAUGUCCUGAUGCAAUCAAGUAGGAGUGAUGUGACUGUCCUUAAUCUUUGGCUUUCUAGAAUUCUAGCUAUCGAAAGUGACAAUAAAGAGGAUAAAUUGAAGUGGCUUAUGUACUGGGUGAUAUAUGGAGUAUUUUCAAUAUUUGAAUGUGCAGCUGGCCUCCUUCUGUAUCUGUUACCAGACUAUCAUAAAGUGAAGAGUAUCUUUCUGAUGUGGUGCAUGGCACCAAUCGAUUGGAAUGGUUCUCGUAUAAUUUACAUGAAUUUCAUCCGUCCCUUCUUUUACAAGCAUAAACCCAUGAUGGAUGAACUUGAUGAGAAAAUUACAGAGGUUAUUGAUAAUGUGAAGAUGGAAGUUUUCCCAACACCGGAACCAGAACCAGUCAUAGCCACAACCUCAAGGCAUAAAAUGAUCAAAAAAAACGUGAAUUCAAUCUUCAAAAGAUCAAAGAAAAAGUGAGAACCCCACAGUGAAUGGGUCAACUCUAAGACUACAUAUGCCCCAAACUCUCUGCAAUAAAAUACACAGUGGCUACAUGGAUGAAGUUGAUUGGCGACGCUUGUGGGCAUCCUUAAACAGAUCGUCCUAGAAGCAAUAUAUUUUCAGAACAGGCUUUUCGCUGGCAGGAAUUUUAUACACAAUUUGAUUAUUCGUGAUCUGAAAUAAAUGAUAUUUUUACUAUAAUCGCUAUCAUUAAAAUUAGUAAGUGUAAUGAUACAGAAGUAAAGAUCAGAAAUUAAAAACAUUAACCUUUUCCAGUUGUUCAGCUGCUUUGUGCAUUGUUUCCUGUGACACUGAGCAAUGGACAACAGGAGGAGGUGAUGUGCCAGAAAUUAAACUUGUUGAAUGGUAUCAAUUGCAAAAUGGGCUGGAAAAUUUCUUUCUGAGCAAGACCAUUCCAUGAUUCUAUGCAGUUAGUUCAUCAUAGUCAGUACCACAAUAUGACAUACACUAUUAACCUCAUUGUCUAUAAUUAAAGCCAUGCUGAAAGUGUACUUCUGUGGAUGUUGAAUGAGGGUAGGACUUCGCUCAGUUAUGAGUCCCACAAAAGUCAAACCAUAUGCUAAGACUUGCUAUUUCUGCCAGCAUCUCAUGAUUACUUGUUUGAAGUGCUAUACACUGGCCAGUCUCUUUGAACAGGCCACAAGCAAGACCACUCUGGAAAAAAAUUUAAGAGGGAGAAAAAUUAAUUUAUACAUUUCAGAAUUGCAAUGUUGUACAUCUACCAGCAGAGGCCAUCAGAGUAUUUACAUAACCUGCUCAGAGCUGCUAAGGGCUGUUAGUGCGGAAAUCAUUGUCACAGUUUCGGGGUAGAAGGCAUUUAGGAAUGCUGUACAGAGAUUAGCCUCCUUUUUCUCUUUACCGAGAUGGCACAGUUUCCCCAGGGAAACAAAAACCUCCAGCUGAGACAAGGGAGAGAAUUUGAACCAAACUCACUGCUGGGAAAAACCCAAUGAUUCAAUUGAGAUUUACACAAGAUUUAACUGGGGAAAUCGAUAGACAGCAAAAUCACACAGGAUGUGAAACCAACAUUCAACGUGAUUCAGUCAGUUUCCCAAUGUUAGGUUCUGUUAAAGUUGCCCGAUUUGCACUUUUUCUGGUUGGAAAGGCUGCUGACCGAUUUGGGAUUGAUCUGCAAUCCGCAGAGGGGAGAGAGAAAAGGAAAUGAACAGGGUGGUCUUACCGAAGUGUACAAGAUAAAUCUGGCAGGUCUGUGCUAUUCACAAGGUUAACUUUUUUUAUUCAUAGAGUGAAAAGUCACAGUCAACACAUGAUCUGUGUUUGAUUACAAGGCUGCAGUGUUGGGCCUUUCUUCCUCUGGCUCCAGCUAGAUUGCACACAACUGUUGUUCUAUCUGGAUGUAAUUUUGUUCACUGAGCUGGAAGGUUUGUUUUCAAAUGUUUCGUCACCAUACUAGGUAACAUCAUCAGU